GGGUUUUUUCUUUAUAAAUUUUAAAAACUCAACAAGACGAACUAUUUUUCUUUUUAUUUGGAAAAUUUAAAGAAAUUUUAUCGUUACCAUCAUAUAUUAAUACCUUACACAGUUUUGGUUGUAGAAUCUUUUUUUUUUUUUGAAAAAAUUUAAUGCUUAUUCCGAUGUCACGUGACGAUAAAAUUGUCUUAUAAUUUGCUAUUCCAAUCAGAUUGGUAUAUCAAAAUAAAUAUAAUUUGUGGUUUGUAAAUAAUACUCAUUUUAGGGUUGCUGUUAAUAUGAGUUCAAAGAAAAAAAUUCAUGUUUCGUUUGUUAUAACUGGACUUGCAAAACAGUAUUUAAUUGACAAUUUUACAUUAGCCACUGAUAAACAUGAAGAUAAAUGCUUAAAUGGGCAUGUUUUGCUAUUGUAUAUACAGCAAUCCAAGUCUAAUUUAAAGACUGCCAGAAUAAUUUAUGAAAAGUUUGGUUUUUAUCCCACUUAUAACCAGAUAUAUAGUUUAGUUAUGAAAUCCAAAAGACUGUUUCCCCAUCUCCAGUCAUCUAAUAGAAAAAAAAUUUGAAGAGUUAUGCAAAAAAAUCUUUAAAUGUAAUCAACUAUCAACUAUGACAAAAAGUAAUUUAUGUGAAUCGGUUACUUUACAUUUAGCUCCUGUUGAAAGAGAAAUAGGAAAAUCUUUUACUUCUGAUAUUUUUCAAGAAACAAUUAAAGAAAUGCCUUGUAAAGAUACUCUGGGUAGUGAAUUGUUGAAAAAGAGAUUAAGCUUUAUGUAUGAAACUAAUGCAAAAUUGAAAUCGAAGCAUAAAGAAAAACUAGCUGUUAUAAAACUCAGAGUUAGAGCAGAUCCUUAUGUUAUAAAAAGACUAAAUCAAACUAUUAAAAGAAAAAAUUUAACCAUUCGAUAUUUAAAGCAAAAGCUUGCUAAAAUUUCUUCUAAAAAUUUAAUAUUAUGUGAAAAUGAAUUUAAAAAGAAAAUAAAAAUAAUCAAGCUUAAGAAAAAAGAACAACAAAAUGAUUUGAGUAGUACCAUUUUGAGUAAAGAUAACCAGAUAAAAACUCUAGAAGUUGAAAAAUUAGAUAAGUUGAAGGAUUCUGUCAUUGAUCAUUUGCCUUUCAAAAAAGAUAGAAAAUCGUAUACGUGGCAACUACGAUUGAUGAUAUAUGAUGCCAUUAUUAACCAGGUACCAACAAAAAACAUUCCAAUUUUAUUGCAAAAAUUUUUUAAUCAUUUUGGUUUAGUAAAUGCAGAAAGUUUUCCACAACGCAGCACAGUUGAAGAAAUUGUUCGUGAGUUAGGUAUAAUCAGCAACCUUCAUGCUGCUGAAGUUGCCAUUUCUACACCCAAUCUUACUCUUGGGUUUGACGCAACAACCCAAGAAGGAAUUCAUAUAAACUCUGUUCAUUUUACAACCAAAACAGAGUGUCAUGUUAUUGCAAUAGAUCAGUUGUCAGGUGGGACUGCACAUAAUUAUCAAACUCAUAUUGUAUCUUCAAUUGAUGAACUUGCAUUUUUGUAUUCUGAUUUCCAUAAUUGUGACUAUCAAGAGAGUCGGACAAAUAUAAUUAAAAAUAUUUCGAACUCUAUGGCUGACCGUGUUGCCGCUAAUCAUGCAGCUAUUCAGCUAAUAAAUUCUUCAUGGGGUAAAGUUUUAAAUGAAUUAAAUUGUCAUGUGCAUCCUCUAGAGACGAUUGCCACUGCAUGUAGAUCUGCAUUAAAAUCAAUUGAAAAAAAUAAAGGAGUGCUGUUUAGCAAAGAUUGCAUAGCUGGAAAUAUAGUUUUACAAAUGAAUAAAAUGCGAUACAAAAAUGGCAAAGGAGAUCCUAAAGGUUUUACAAUCUUUUUAAAUGAGAUGAAAUUACCCAAAGGACUCAUUCCGCGUUACCGAGGAAACAGAUUGCAUAUUUUAUUUCAUAUAUGUGGUAUAUUUAUACAGCACUAUAAUUCCAUAAUUAAAUUUUUAAGCAGCGAUGUAGUUUCAUGUGGAGGGCUUAAAAGUAGUUUGAAAAUAGACUUUAUUAACGAAACAGCCAAAAAAGAAAUGUGUGUCUUAGGGUUAUUGGGUAAGACUUUAACAGGACCAUGGAUGGCAUUAUUUUAUCAGUCAGGUACAGGAAGUUUAAGUCAUAUUGAAGGAAUAAAAGUAGUGAAAAAAUUGUUAAAAAAUGUUUAUCAUGUGAAAAACAACCCUAUGUUGUUAUUUAAUGCAAAAGAUUUGUUUGGAAAUAGUAUUAAAAACGAUAAGGUUUUUAAAACAAUAGUUUCGGUGUGCACGAAAGACAAAGAAGUUAAACAAAUGAUUAUACUUUGUUUAUCAGCUAUUAUUGAUGUUUUAGAAAGACAGUAUAAAAGAUACUUUAAUUUAAAUCUAUCAUUACAACUUAUAAAAGAGACACAAACAGCUAGGCUUCAUAAUAUUGAUGCAGAGGAAAUCAUGGGCAUGUUCAGUGCAGCUAAACAUCGUGCUCCCAACUCUACUUUGUGUUUUUUGUCAUCAAAGUUAAGAGAAAUAAAAAAUAAUGUAGUUAUAAUAAUGUAUUAUAUUGAAAAAAAAGAUGAAGAUGAUAAAGAGAAAAUUGUUUACUGGGCAGUAAACAAAGCCAGAACAAAGAGAGAGAUGAAUAAAAAAAAAUAUUGAUGAAAUAAAGCUUGAACUGAUUUGUAGAAAUAAGUUGAAGAAGCAAAAAAAAGAGGAUAAAAACCGAAAAAUAUUGGCUCUUCAAAUUCAAAACCUUAAAUUUUCAGAUAUUUUAAUAGCAUUUCCAGAACUAGAGUCUAAUCAAUUAUCAGACCUCUCAGAUAUGCUAUCAGAUACAGUUGUUGGUAGAAACAUUUGCCAUAUAUGGUUUAAUUCUCAAAUGCAGGGAGAAGAAGUUUAUUAUGGUAAACUUGAAAAAAUGAAGUUAAAGAAUGGUAAGCAAGCGUAUGUUGUAGCAUAUUGGAAAGAUAAUGAAACGUAUGAUAAUGAUGCUGUGGAUUAUGACAUUUCAAAAUUCGAACUUGCUGCCGAUAUAUUAUACGGAGACCUUAUGUUAUCUUGAAAGUGAAUUGAUGAUUUUUUUUUUUAAUUGCUGUUUUCAUAGUGGCUUAUAUUUUAUAUUUAUAUUUGGGCAUAUUAUAUGCUAUUUGCAUAUGUUUAAAUACUUUGGUUUUUAAUUUGUUUUUUUUUUAUAUUUUUAAACUUCUUCGAGAUUAUUUUAUAACCAUUUUUGUAAUAUAUACAAAAGAUCAAAAAGCAUCAAGAAAUGCUUUAUUAUAUAAUAAAGGCAUUUUUAGAUAAAUUUAUUUUUUUCUUUUAUUAGAUACCGGUUUAUAAUUUUUAGUAUUUGUUACUUUGUUUUAUAUAAAAACAUUAUUUUGAAAAUCCCCCUCCCUCCAACUUGCCUUCCCUCCCCACACACUUUAUAUUAACCCUCAAGUAUGCCCAUUUAUCUUUGCCCAGAGGCAAUUGAUAUUUUGCAAAAGGCAGUUGAUGCUUUCUUUAGAUUUGAUAACCUUAUUGAUAACUAAUUUAUAAAAAUUAAAUUUGUUGUGUGAAUACUUAAACACCCUCUCUGUACCCACUAUGUGCUCCCAUCACCACCACCCAACAUGAAUAUCUUUUUCAACCACUGUUACUCAAGGUAUAUUUGUAGCUUUUCUUAGCUUUCAAUUGAUACCAAAUUUAAUCAAAUUGGAUGAUUUUUAUUGCAGUUAUGAUUAAUUUAAGUUGUUAAUUGCAAAUUAACGGUCACAACUUUUUGCAAAAAUCCCUAUAAAAAUUUUAUGUUUAAAAAACUCAUAACUUCCUUAAAUGACAUCGAAAAACUUAAAGUGAGGUAAUUUUUUUUUAGUUACUAAAAGGUGCUUCUAAUGAUGUCUUUGAAUUUAAUAUCUCGCUUUUUUGAUUUUUUUUGUAACAUACCUAUAUAAUUAAGGUUGCAUUCCAAAUAAAUCAAAUCCUAACUAAGAAAAACUACUAAUGGACCUGAAAAAACCUUUAUAGAUUUAUGAAAAACCAAUUCAAUAAUUCAUAAGUUGGUUUUGAUUUCUUUGAGAUCUAUUUCUUUAUCUUAAAAAAUUAUACAUAUAAUUGAACUUAUAAUAGACACAAAUUUCUUUUAAUUUUUCUUAUAAUAAGACACAAAUCUCUUACAUAAUUAGGUAAAAAAAUAAACCUCUUAGUAAUUAAUAAUUAAUUAUGUAAGAGUCUUACAUAUUUAAUUAUUUAAGAAUAGAAGAAAAGAAAGAAAAAGAAAUGUUAGAAAAAACACCACCCCUUGGUAAUUUAGAACACAUCAUGUAUUGAAUUUUAAAUAUAGUUUAAUGAAUAAAGUUACCAAUAACAAAGACUAUUAAACAAAAUAUCUGUUCAACAAAGGUAAAUAUAAAGAGUUAAAUAAAUACUUUAAAAAAGAAAAAGAGUUUGAAACCUUAAGUGUUGAUGAAAGCUAUUUAAGAUGGUUAACAAUUCAUGAAAAGGUUGCAAAAUGUUAAUCCCUCAAAUUCAACAAAACAACCAAAGCAUUUUAGUUUUGAAUAGUUCUGAAACCUCAACAAGUUUAAUGUUUGCUGAAACUGCUACUGGUACUAUUUUACCUAUUUAUGUUGUUUAUAAAUUAGAACAUUUGUGGGAUAUGUAAUAAAAUAUCACAUCCGCCUAAAAUAUUACAUCCCCCAUAGAAAAAAUGAAAACGAGAACGCGCUUUCGAGUCAUUGCACUUAGAAGUGUAUCAAAUACGUCCGAAACAUUCAAUUAUAAACAAUAUAAUUAAUAAAAACGUUUUUUUAGUAAUAUACUAUAAAUGAAGUUAGCAUAAAAUGAUACGAUUGAGCUAACAAUUUAAACAUGCGACAUUGUUCAACGAAGUCAUAUAUAAAACUUUGGUGGAAUUAAAGUUUUCAUAAGAUUUAAAAUGAACGAAAUUAAUUACAAUAAUUUUUUACUCUAAAUGUAUUCAUAUCUUACAACAUAAAUAUUUUAAUGUACAAAACGUUUUGAAGGAAAAUAAAUAAUUACGGUUUGUCUUUUUUCA